AUGACUUCAAGGAAAGGUAGAAAGUCACUGUAUCUGGAGCGCAGUCUUUCAGGGCUGAGCUCAGAAAUCAACAAAUGGAGCUAUUCUACACCAUCGUCCCCUUUACGCAGUGAUCAGGCACCCCCCAGAAAGAAGUUGCGAAGGAAAACUGAUAGUGCUUUGAAGAUAGAAACGUGCCGCAGUCCAUGGUACAAUCUGUAUAGCCCACGAAGUGUUGCUGAAGUUGCCAUCCACAAACGCAAAUUGCAGGACGUCCAAGAAGCUUUGGAGUGCAUGUUGAAAAGCAGUUUGGAUACUCGCAUCUUAAUUCUUACAGGUCCGAGUGGCGCCUCCAAAAGUACAGUGGUUUCCCAACUUGCCGAAGUUUUAAUACCAGAAUAUCGAAGAAAGAGUGCAAAUAGUGCCAUGCGAAUGCAACACCACUCAGAGACAAAUGAAACCGUCGUAGAAUACAACAGUGAGGAUAGCUCAUCUAUGAGAAGUUUCGAAGACUUUUUGUCUCAUACAAAGUAUAAAAUCGGACCCAAUCUGCAAUUGAUUUUGAUAGAAAAUAUGCCUAACGUAUUUCAUAAUGAGACACGACUACAGUUCCGUCAAAGCUUACUGGAAUGGCUAUAUGCGCCGGAGUCCGUUUUGCCACCAUUAGUUGUAUGUCUUACAGAAUGCGAAAUAGAGAAUGAUUCAAAUAGCGACACGUUUGGUAUUGACUAUACUGUGUCUGCCGAAACAAUUUUAGGUAGUGAAAUUUUAUCUCAUCCCAGAACCAAAAGAAUUAAAUUCAAUCCUGUAAAUACCACUCUGAUGAAGAAACAUCUUUCGCAAGUCUGUUUGAAAAACAGAGAUAGCCAUGUUUGGAAAAAGAAAUGGUCACAAAAGGAUGCCUUCAUCAGUCAAUUAGCACAAAAAACUGGAGACAUCAGAUCAGGUAUCUCCACUCUAGAGUUCUGGGCAACCUCUUCGGUAAAUGUACCAGUGGAAACGAGAGAAAAUUCUGUAUCUUACUUUCAUGCCAUUGGAAGAAUACUGUACGGUUCAACUGAUUUCAAAGAUGAUAACGAAAUGAUAAAUUCGAUGAUGGAAUCGUUCAAACAUUAUUUUUCCCAAGGAAAUUCAAGACUGGGUCUUUUGGAAAACUACGGCUCUUUCAAUAAAGGCAACUUCGAUAUUGCAACUGCAGCCCGAAUAACAGAGUCUCUGAGUAAUGGUAACACAUUCGAUCGUGUCCCUGAAUCUCUAGAAUAUGCUAUCAGAAGUGUUCGAUGUGCAUUAAGCGAUGUCAGAAGUGACAUAUCCACUAAUGGCAAGUCUUUUUUCCCCAGGGAAUGGAGAAUGCAAUUGCUUCAAGAAGAGUUCAAAAUAAAGAGUAGUGAUUAUAGUAACGUAUCAAUGUACAAAUACGGGUGCACACGUCGUUCUAAUGAUGUGGCUCUCCAUUUUGGAUACUACGACCCUCUUAUUAGGAGCUCGCAGUAUUAUAAGAAAAAGGCAUUGACUCAUUAUAUCACUCAAGUCAAAGACGCAAUCCAAAAAAAGCAAAUUGAAAAGGUAAACUGCACAUUUCCUGAAAUUGAACCUUCUGUGGAUAUUAUGCAACGUAUUGGGGGCGGAAUAAAACCCGUAGCACGGCAAGAGAACCUUAUCUCUGACGAAGAUGGGCAACGCAUAACAAAAAUUUCUUUGUUACAAUUGAAGGAGGAAACAAAUAUCAAAAUAAAUUCUUUAAUCAAAUACCGAGAAAAUAACAUGAACCCCGUUGACCAGCAAACAGACGAGGACGAUUCUUUUGACGAUCCUAUUGUUGAUAGUGAUCAAGAGACUCAGGAAUCCAAUUCUUUUUUACUUGAAGAAAAUGAUGAUUCUCUUUAUGACGAAUUUCUCAAAGAAAAUGUAAAGUCGGAUAAACAAACUGUUGUCGAUGAGUCGCUUUCGGAUUCUGAUUUGGAAGGAUUAUAA